GAUCCGAACUCUGAACCACUCUCUCUCUCUCUCUCUCUCACGUCUCCUUAAAAUCCGAGCUUAUCUCUCAGAAUCUCACUAUCUUUCUCUUUCCGGCCGAAUCGGAUACAGCCAGAGUUGAUCCAUAUCCCUCUUCGAGAUUACCCGAAACCCUGAAGUCUGAACUUCAAUGGCGGAUUCCGAGCAGAAGAAAUCAGAGCUUUUUGAACUCAACAAUGGAGCCAUGCAGGUCAAGGUCUCCAAUUUGGGUUGCACCAUCACCUCCUUGUCCGUUCCCGGCAAAGACGGAAAAUUGGCUGAUGUGGUUCUUGGAUUCGACUCUCUGGAACCCUAUUUGAAAGGUGCUGCUCCUUACUUCGGCUGCAUUGUGGGUCGGGUUGCCAACAGGAUCAAAGAUGGGAAAUUCACACUCGAUGGGGUUGAGUACACAUUGCCCAUCAACAAGCCCCCCAAUAGUCUCCAUGGCGGAUUCAAGGGUUUUGAUAAGGUGAUUUGGGAUGUUGUCGAAUACAAACAGGGUGAAAAUCCAUCCAUUACUUUCAAAUACAACAGUCGUGAUGGGGAGGAAGGUUACCCAGGAGAUGUUACUGUAACUGCAACUUACACCCUUACUUCAAGCACAACAUUGAGGCUGGACAUGGAGGCUGUACCGGAAAAUAAGCCCACUCCUAUCAGUUUAGCUCAGCACACUUACUGGAACUUAGCUGGUCAUGACUCAGGGACUGUCCUCGACCAUUUAGUUCAGCUAUGGGCACUCCAUGUCACUCCUGUGGAUCAAAACACUAUUCCAACUGGCGAAAUCAUGCCUGUUAAAGGCACUCCCUUCGAUUUCACCACUGAGAAAAAGAUCGGGAGCUCAAUCCAUGAGGUUGACUUAGGCUACGACCACAACUUUGUGCUCGACCGUGGGGAUGAGAAAAUGGGCCUGAAACAUGCUGCAAAAGUGAAGGACCCCUCGAGCUCAAGGGUCCUCGACCUCUGGACCAAUGCGCCAGGCAUGCAGUUCUACACUGCAAACUACGUGAAUGGGAUCGUGGGUAAAGGCGGGGCUGUCUAUGGGAAGCACUCGGGCCUCUGUCUGGAGACACAGGGAUUUCCUAACGCCAUUAACGAGCCAAACUUCCCGUCUGUUGUUGUCAGACCCGGCGACAAGUACAAGCACAGCAUGCUGUACGAGUUCUCAGUCGAGUAAGGUAUGUACUAACUAGUACCCAGAGAAGUAGAAUCAUAUGAAGUCUCCUUUCUUGGUCUGUUCAUAUCCACAGCCGUUACCUCAUCAGGACAUCAAUGUUGUGAGACCUAAUGGCUAAUGUUAUGCUAUGGGUUUUGGAUAAAUGAGAAAGUUGAAUCAUGGGCUUUAGAAAUGUCUCAUUGUGAUAAAAUGUUACGGGUAUGGUCUGUGCGCGUUACGGGUAGAAACAGUUAUCCUGAUAACUAUGAAUAAGACUAAUGUAAAGUAAGGAGUAAUCGUCGAUAACCAUUACUCUCAUUUGAGGGAUGAAGAUGAAGUUGGGGGGAACCCAACUCAAGAGGGUGCUAAGUAUGAUGCAGAAUGCAGUUUGAGUUA